ACCAGGCUUUAGCAGCUAGAGGCUCCUCUCAUUCACUGCUCAGCUCCGCGAACACUGUGCAACUAGCUCCCCGGCGGAGGGAUACACUAAACUACCUGAAGAAAGUGUUUGAACCCCUGAGGCUCUACUUUAUUUUUUGGAUUUAGACCCUGUGAGGCUGCAGAUUUAUAAAACCUUUUUGGGUGUUUUUUGAGUGAAACUCCCUCGGCAAAAUGGAGUCCUCUCUGGAGUUUUCCAGCUCUCUGGGCAGUGUGUCCUCGCUGCUGACCCGCUGUCGGACCUUUAAGGUGCUUGUGAUAGGAGACUCCGGGGUGGGGAAGACCUGCCUCACACACCGACUCUGCGCCGGAGACUUCCCCAGCAGAGUGGAGGCCACCAUCGGCGUGGACUUCCGCGAGAGGCUGCUGGAUAUCAACGGAGAGAGAAUUAAGCUCCAGCUGUGGGACACGGCAGGGCAGGAGCGUUUCCGUAAGUCCAUGGUGCACCACUACUACCGUAACGUGCACGCUGUGCUCUUCGUGUACGACGUCAGCCGUCCUAACAGCUUCAGCGGUCUGACUGCGUGGAUCGAGGAGUGCAGGCAGAACUCCCUCGGGCAGGAUAUCCCCAGGUUCCUGGUGGGUAAUAAGAGUGAUCUCCGUGACCCCAGCUGGGCUGACAACCAGGUGAGCCAAGAGUUGCCGAUGACCUUCGCCAAGUCUCAUGGCAUGAUGUUUUUCGAGACGUCCGCCAAGAACUCUCCAAACAAUAGCGGCAACAGUCAAAGGAGUGGCCAGGAAGUGUCGUAUCAGCAGGAUAAAGUGGAGGACAUCGUUUUUGCUGUCGCUGCCAAUCUAAGGAGACAGAAGAAACCUGCAAGCCCCCCCAUGAACGGGUCCUUUAAAAUCCCGAACAAGAGAACACCGGAGAAAAACAUGUGGACCUGCUGCUGAGACACAGAGGGCUUUUCAGAUGGAAGAAUGUUUUGAAGUGUGUGAACGUGCGUGAGAGAGAUGACCAUACUGUGCAUAAUGUUAAUUUUUGACCAAAGACAGAUCUAAAACUUUUUACAGUUUUUCUUUGGAGAAUGAAGUUAAUCCCACACAGAACUUUUAAUAUUUAAAAACUCUUUAAUAAUGUGAGACGUCCUUGUUUGAAAUGUGUGUAUAUUUGUAUCUUAUUGUUUACAAUGGGUGCGAAAUAAAGACUCUGAAUGUAAACAUUA